UCUCAUCCUCAGUGCUAAUCUUAGUAGUGUCAAUACUUUUUACUGUUCUGUACACAUUUCUUAGCUUGCAGCCAGACUCUUACAGUGUUUUACUUCCAUUAUAUCUGACUGGGAGAGGAGAGUGUAAUAUGUUUAGAUCCAUGAAUCUAAGAGUUAUAGCCUAUCUCCAUAAUGUACAGGAAGCCUAAUCUCCCGGGUGAGUUGAGGAAACACUCUCCCAGCAAGACGCACUCAUAUUUCUGAGUGUGUUUCAUUUCAGUGGAUCAAAUCUUUCCUAUCUCUGCAUCCAAGCUACUCAGUUGUGAUCAGAUGAUCAGGACCCAAGGAAGCGAUUGGAGAGCUGGCUGGCUGCAGCUGCAAUGUAGGCUGUUUGCAGGGACAAGGAACCACUGUUGUGUUUUUUUUUCAAACAUAGCAUAAACAUAGAAGUUAUUUUGUAGGCUCCAGGAUGCAGCGAUGGGCUGCGCUGCCAGUAUUGUUCUGCUACAAGCCUUUCGUUCUGUGGUACAGAGGAACUGUCCACACAUUUGCCGGAGACGCCAGGAAGAGCCAUCACAUGAAUUUCUGCCUCUGGACAGUGAGGACGAAAUGAGCAGACCCAGGACCCUCAUCAUCAUGCAAGAGAAACCCAGACUUCUGGAGCCUUUGGAUUAUGAAACAGUCAUAGAAGAGCUUGAGAAAACUUACUGGAAUGAUCCUCUUAGAGAUCUCAUUUUCUUCCCCAAUGAUGACUUCUCAACAGCUACAAUUUCUUGGGAUAUCCAAACGCUGUAUUCAACUGUACCAGAAGAUGCUGAACACAAAGCAGAAAACUUAUUUGUGAAAGAGGCUUGCAAAUUUUACAGUUCCCAGUGGUAUGUGGUGAACUACAAAUAUGAAAAAUAUUCUGGAGACAUUCGACAUUUGCCACAAUCAGAAUUCAGACCAGAGAAACUACCUUCUCAUUCCUUUGAAGUUGACCAUGAAGAUGCUGAUAAGGAUGAAGACACCACAUCCCACUCAUCUUCUAAGGGAGGUGGAGGAACAGGAGGACCAGGAGUCUUCAAGUCUGGCUGGCUUUACAAGGGGAAUUUUAACAGCACUGUCAACAAUAGCAUCACUGUCAGGUCCUUCAAAAAACGUUAUUUUCAGCUGACUCAGUUACCAGAUAAUUCCUACAUUAUGAACUUCUACAAAGAUGAGAAAAUAUCCAAAGAACCCAAAGGCUGCAUCUUUUUGGAUUCCUGUACAGGUGUCGUGCAGAAUAACAGACUUAGAAAAUACGCCUUUGAAUUGAAAAUGAAUGACCUGACAUAUUUUGUGCUGGCGGCUGAAACAGAGCUGGAUAUGGAUGAAUGGAUUCACACUCUCAACAAAAUCCUCCAAAUAAAUCCUGAGGGGCCCCUUCAGGAAAGGAAGAGUGCAGACCUCACAGAUCUCAGGCUGGAUUCUCUGGAAAAUUCUAUGACUUGUGAAUGCACAUCAGAGGAAACAGACUCUUCAGAGAACAACUUGCAUCCAGAAUUUGCUAAAUACCUCACAGAAACAGAAGAAACUGUUAAAAUGUCACGAAACAUGGAGAGACUAAAUCUGUUUUCCCUGGAUCCAGACAUAGAUGCCUUAAAACUUCAGAAAAAGGAUCCUUCAGAUACAGAGUCCAUGAUCAGACCAUUUGAAGAAAAGACAGCCAAGAGAUUUAUGACUGUUUGUAAAUCUCUCAAUUUAAACCUUCAGGGAUGUGUCACUGAGAAUGAAAAUGAUCCAUUGACUAAUAUUGAACCGUUUUUUGUAAGCCUGGCCCUUUAUGAUACCAGAGACAACAGAAAGAUUUCUGCGGAUUUUCAUGUGGAUCUGAACCAUACACUUGUUAGACAAAUGGUUUCAGGUGCUUCAGUGGCCCUGGAAAAUGGCAACAUUGAUACAGUCAGCCCCAGACAGUCAGAAGAACCACAUGUGAAGGGGUUUCCUGAAGAAUGGCUAAAGUACCCAAAGCAGGCUAUUUUUUCUGUAAGUAACCCACACUCUGACAUUGUUUUGGUGGCCAAGAUCGAAAAAGUGCUUAUGGGAAAUAUCGCCAGUGGUGCUGAACCUUAUAUUAAAAAUCCAGAUUCCAACAAGUAUGUACAGAAGAUAUUAAAGUCAAACAGGCAGUUCUGCAGCAAGCUGGGAAAAUACCGCAUGCCAUUUGCUUGGGCAGUGAGAUCUGUAUUUAAGGACAACCAGGGGAAUGUGGAUAGAGACUCAAGAUUUUCUCCAUUGUAUAAGCAAGAGAGUAGCAAGAUUUCCACAGAAGACCUGAUUAAACUGGUGUCAGAUUACAGGAGGGCUGACAAGAUAAGCAAAACGCAGACCAUCCCUGGAAACCUUGAUGUUGUAGUUGAAAAUGUUCCUUUGGAGCAUCCAAAUUGUGUGACCUCAUCCUUUAUCCCCAUGAAGCCCUUUGAUAUGAUGGUUCAACAGGAGCCAACAGUAGAGGUGGAAGAAUUCGUUUAUGAUUCAACAAAGUAUUCCCGGCCUUAUCGGGUGUAUAAAAACCAAAUUUAUGUCUAUCCGAAGCACCUCAAGUAUGAUGGGCAGAAAUGUUUCAACAAGGCACGAAAUAUAACUGUGUGCAUUGAAUUCAGGAACUCAGAUGAAGAAGGUGCCAAGCCAGUGAAGUGUAUUUAUGGAAAACCUGGUGGGCCACUAUUUACUACCACAACAUACACAACAGUACUUCAUCAUUCCCAGAAUCCUGACUUCUCUGAUGAGGUGAAAAUUGAGCUGCCCACACAACUCCAUGAGAAACAUCACAUUUUGUUUUCAUUUUAUCACAUCACAUGCGACAUCAAUGCAAAGUCUAAUGCCAAAAAGAAGGAGGCUCUGGAAACAUCAGUUGGAUACGCUUGGCUUCCUUUAAUGAAAGGUGAUCAACUAGCAUCUAAAGAACAUAAUAUCCCAGUAGCAACUAGUCUGCCUCCUAAUUACUUAAGCCUUCAAGAUUCUGCAACAGGAAAGCACAGUGGGAGUGACUUUAAAUGGGUGGAUGGUGGGAAACCACUUUUCAAAGUAACAACAUUUGUUGUAUCAACAGUGAAUACUCAGGAUCCAUAUGUGAACACAUUUUUUCAGCAGUGCCAAAAAAGAGAAAAAGAUAUGUCUCAGCCACCUACCUCAAGUUUUGUGCUCUCUUGUAAGAAUUUGCUGAUUGUUGAGAAGAUUCAUGCUAUCAUGAGUUUUCUUCCCAUAAUCUUGAAUCAACUCUUCAAGGUUCUGGUUCAGAAUGAAGAGGAUGACAUCACCAACACUGUUACCAGGGUUCUAACUGAUAUUGUGAGUAAAUGCCAUGAAGAACAGCUAGACGAUUCCGUCAAAUCUUAUAUAAAGUAUGUGUUCAAGACUACAACAUACAAAGAGAGGACGGUCCACGAGGAACUGGCAAAGAAUACAACUGGUCUUCUGAAAUCAAAUGAUUUAACAACAAUCAAACAUGUCUUGAAGCAUUCCUGGUUCUUCUUUGACAUUAUUUUGAAGUCAAUGGCACAGCAUUUGGUUGACACAAAGAAAAUUGAGCUUCCUCGGGCUCAGAGGUUUCCUUACUCUUACCAAAGUGAGUUGGACACACUCGUAAUGAUCAUCUCAGACCACGUGAAUUGGAAGUACAAAGAGGCUGUUGAAGAAACAAGAAGAGCAAACCACAGUGUCGCCAGAUUUCUUAAGCGCUGCUUUACAUUUUUGGACCGUGGAUUUGUAUUUAAAAUGGUCAACAACUACAUAAGCAUGUUCUCCUCUGGUGAACUCAAGACCUUUUGCCAGUACAAGUUUGAUUUCCUUCAAGAAGUAUGCUAUCAUGAACAUUUUAUUCCUUUGUGUCUCCCCAUAAGGUCAGCCAACAUUCCAGAUCCUUUGACACCUUCCGAAUCAACUCAGGAGUUACAUGCAUCAGAUAUGCCUGAAUAUACUGUCACCAAUGAAUUUUGCCGCAAACACUUCUUAAUUGGAAUUCUUCUCCGAGAGGUUGGCUUUGCACUUCAGGAAGACCAAGAUAUCAGACACUUAGCUUUAGCUGUUCUUAAAAAUAUAAUGGCGAAGCAUUCAUUUGAUGAUCGAUACAGGGAACCAGACAAGCAGGCACAAAUAGCCACUUUAUACAUGCCUCUCUAUGGGAUGCUGCUUGACAAUAUGCCAAGGAUCUAUCUGAAGGAUCUUUUCCCUUUUACAGUCAAUACAUCUAAUCAGGGAUCAAGGGACGACUUGAGCACCAAUGGAGGAUUUCAGAGCCAGUCAGCUAUGAAGCAUGCUAACUCUGUGGACACAUCAUUUUCGAAAGAUGUCUUAAACUCCAUAGCAGCUUUUUCAUCAAUAGCUAUUUCUACAGUAAACCAUGGAGACUCCAGAGCUUCACUUGCAAGCCUUGACUCCAAUCCAAGUACUAACGAAAAGAGCAGUGAGAAGACAGACAACUGUGAAAAGAUUGCAAGACCACUGUCCCUCAUAGGACUGACAAUGAGAUUUGACAAGCUUGAUCAAGCAGAAACAAGGAGUCUUCUUAUGUGUUUUCUUCACAUCAUGAGGACCAUUUCAGAAGAGACAUUGAUUUCCUACUGGCAAAGGGCACCCAUUUCGGAGAUAUCUGAUUUCUUCAGCAUAUUGGAUGUUUGUCUUCAAAAUUUCAGAUACUUGGGCAAACGUAAUAUAAUAAGAAAAAUUGCUGCUGCAUUCAAGUUUGUCCAGGCAACCCAAAACAAUGGGACUCUCAAAGGAUCUAACUCCUCCUGUCAGACAACAGGUCUUCUCUCACAGUGGAUGCAUACAACUUCCAGUCAUGAAGGACAUAAGCAUCACAGAUCUCAAACCUUACCCAUAAUCCGUGGCAAAAAUGCACUUUCUAACCCCAAGCUCUUACAAAUGUUGGAUAAUACCAUCACCAGUAAUUCCAAUGAAAUAGACAUUGUGCACCAUGUAGACACGGAGGCCAAUACUGCCACUGAGGUUUGCCUCACAGUUCUGGAUCUGCUCAGCCUCUUCACCCGGGUCCACCAGCGACAACUCCAGCAAUCUGAAUGCCAGAAUUCAAUGAUGAAAAGAAUUUUUGAUACCUACCUACUCUUUUUACAAGUGAAUCAGUCGGCAAUUGCUUUGAAACAUGUUUUUGCUGCAUUGAGGUUGUUUGUGUCAAAGUUUCCAUCAGCAUUCUUUCAAGGGCAAGCUGACCUCUGUGGAUCAUUCUGCUAUGAAGUCUUAAAAUGCUGUAACCACAGGUCACGGUCAACUCAGACAGAAGCCUCUGCACUUCUUUAUUUCUUCAUGAGGAAGAAUUUUGAAUUUAACAAGCAGAAAUCAAUAGUCAGGUCCCACUUACAACUCAUUAAGGCUGUAAGCCAGUUAAUAGCUGAUGCAGGAAUUGGAGGAUCCCGGUUUCAACAUUCCCUUGCAAUUACAAAUAAUUUUGCCAAUGGAGACAAGCAAAUGAAAAACAGUCAUUUUCCAGCAGAAGUGAAAGACCUAACAAAACGUAUCCGGACAGUCCUCAUGGCCACAGCUCAGAUGAAGGAGCAUGAGAAAGACCCUGAAAUGCUGGUGGACCUCCAGUAUAGCCUGGCAAACUCCUAUGCAAGCACCCCAGAGUUACGAAGGACCUGGCUAGAAAGCAUGGCCAAGAUUCAUGCCAAAAAUGGAGACUUAUCAGAGGCUGCUAUGUGUUAUAUCCACAUAGCUGCCCUCAUCGCAGAGUACCUGAAAAGAAAGGGUUACUGGAAAAUGGAAAAGAUUUGCACAUCAGCUAUGUUCCCGGAGGAUGUUCACAUCUGUGAUAGCAAUCAGUUACUAACAACUCACAAUGGAGGAAGCAUGUUUUCUAUGGGUUGGCCUGCUUUCCUGAGCAUCACACCAAAUAUCAAAGAAGAAGGAUACAUGAAAGAAGAUUCAGGAAUGCAGGAUACACACUAUAAUGAGAACAUCCUGGUAGAGCAACUCUACAUGUGUGUUGAAUUUCUGUGGAAGUCCGAGAGAUAUGAGCUUAUCGCCGAUGUCAACAAACCCAUCAUUGCAGUCUUUGAGAAACAGAGAGAUUUCAAAAAAUUAUCAGAUCUCUACUAUGACAUUCAUCGGUCGUAUCUGAAAGUUGCAGAAGUGGUGAAUUCUGAAAAACGGUUGUUUGGUCGCUAUUAUCGGGUGGCAUUUUAUGGACAGGGAUUUUUUGAAGAAGAGGAAGGUAAAGAAUAUAUUUAUAAGGAGCCUAAGCUGACAGGUCUAUCCGAGAUAUCCCAAAGACUCCUGAAGCUUUAUGCUGAUAAAUUUGGUGCAGACAAUGUGAAGAUAAUACAGGAUUCCAACAAGGUCAACCCGAAGGACUUGGAUUCCAAAUAUGCCUACAUCCAGGUGACCUAUGUCACACCUUACUUUGAAGAGAAGGAAGUUGAAGAUCGAAAAACAGAUUUUGAAAUGCAUCACAACAUCAACCGUUUUGUCUUUGAAACACCAUUUACGCUGUCGGGCAAGAAACAUGGUGGGGUUGAGGAGCAGUGCAAGAGGAGAACGAUACUCACAACAAGCCAUCUGUUCCCCUAUGUGAAGAAAAGAAUCCAAGUCAUAAGCCAGUCAAGCACUGAACUGAACCCCAUUGAGGUCGCCAUUGAUGAGAUGGCCAAGAAGGUUUCUGAGCUUAAUCAGCUUUGUACAAUGGAAGAAGUAGACAUGAUCAGGCUACAACUCAAACUCCAAGGGAGUGUCAGCGUGAAGGUAAAUGCAGGGCCUAUGGCUUAUGCCAGAGCUUUCCUUGAAGAAACAAAUGCAAAGAAAUAUCCUGACAACCAAGUAAAGCUUCUGAAGGAAAUUUUCAGGCAAUUUGCAGAUGCAUGUGGGCAUGCCCUCGAUGUUAAUGAGCGCCUCAUUAAAGAGGACCAGCUGGAGUAUCAGGAAGAAAUGAAGUCUCAUUACAAGGACAUGCUCAGUGAACUCUCCACAAUCAUGAAUGAACAGCUCUGUCAUGGUCCCUGUUUAUACAGCUUCUGUUCUUCUAUGUCUAACAUUUCCCUCAGUACUGUAAGCAAAAGUGAUUACAUACAAGGAGGACCCAUCAAAGCAAGGAUUGGAGCGAACUUAUACUCGUGUAAUUAAUAGGACAAGUAACCCCCCACAGACAACCUUGCCUUCACCCAGUACCGAAAUUUGAUGCCAGCUACACCCUUAGUCAGACUUCCAUCUCAAGAGGACUUUGGGGUCUUUGAGCUGAUCCUGUAGGAUGCCUUGAAACUGGCGAGAGAAAGAUGGUUUUAAUUUAUUCUAAGUCGUCAUGUUGUUAAUAUAUUGUUUUUUUACAUUGCUAGCUUGAGAAUUUUGCCAACUCCAGUAUUUGCACAUUUCCUAUGAGUUUUAUUUUGUUUUGUUUUGUUUUGUUUUUGUUACUGAACAAUGUUUAUGAAGCCAGGCUGGAUAUAUGCUAUAAAUUUCCAAUAGAUGUAUAGCUCAGCAGCAAGCAGGAAGUUUGCUGUGAGAAUAGAUCUAAUACCAAGUCCUAGUAUACCUAUUUUAAAGGUCAAUGUGGGUGUUUUGUAACAUUGAAGCACAUUUCAAGUGUAAAUAGAAGAUGUGUAAAAUAUGUCAUUUUUACAAACUUGAACAAAAGAGACUUUUUAGUUCAUACUUAUGACAAUACUAAAAUUAUAUGAAUAACCUUUGAGAUACCAGUAUAUUAAAAUAUUUGUGUAUGUGUACAAAAGUGUUGAUAAAGGCUAAUCUUUGAAGCUUGUUGAGUUCUUUUAUUGUAACAUAUGCUCUUAGAAGCAAUGAGAUAUGAAAUGAAUGUGGUAUAUUUUUUUUUGUUAAUAGAAAUAAAAAAAUACAUAAUUUUCA